AUGGCUGGGCGUGGUGGACCAAAGAAGGAAUUGGAUCCUGAAGAAUUGAUGAAAAGGAAGUUUCGAGCAAAAUGUUUGUUUCGCGCAUUGGGUCGUAUGGUUAUGUCAAAUGCCUAUUGGCUGAUUGAGGCUGUGGAUCAUUACGAGGGUCUGGAUGACGUCAAACGAAGGGUCGAACAAGCUGUGCGCGGGAAAGCCAAGAAGAAACAGUUAUUGACCAUACAUGACAAAGCUCUUCUAAAUAAGCCUGCAGAAGAGAGGACUGACCAAGAGAAGAAGUAUAUAUUUCGCAUUAUUGGAGGUUUGAAAUGCUUUAAACGAUAUCCCAAUCAUGUGAAAAAGAAGUUAGCUGCAGUAACGUAUUUCAAGUAUUAUGGUCCGGGUAGACCUAUAGUUCGCCAACACCAGGAAGCUCACGCCCUCUAUUUUAUCAUCACUGGCGAUGUUGUAGUCAGUCAAAUGGUCUUUGACGAGCUGUUACAGCAAUAUGUGUCCAUAGAAGUGGGUGUGAUGCACUCAGGGGAUAUGUUUGGUGAAGUUUCUCUGUUGCAUAAUAUACCCAGAACCGCGACAGUUACUACCACUGGUCAUUGCGAAUUCCUUGCAUUGAUGAAGGAAGACUUCAAGAAUGUUCUACAAGCAUCUGUUCAGAAGCAGUGGGACGAAGUGCGACGCGCAAUGUCAGCGUUUACUUAUUUUGAUGCCCUUGAUGAGGUGGCUCGUCGUGAAGGUUGCAUAGUUGCGAAGAUGAAGUCCUAUGAAGAGAACGAGACAUUACUCGGCGAUGGCGUGGGUGUCGCCAAUUUUGUCUACUUCAUCCUAUCAGGCCGAUGUCAGAUGAUUGAGUCUCUACAAGUGAUUGUUACGACGCGUCUAGGUCGCAAUUAUUAUGCACUAUACGAUCCAUAUGUACCUAAAGAAGAGAGCGAACAGGAUUUCGACACAAAAUAUUUCGGGGCGUACAAGAAUUUGAAAGCAGAGAGCAAGAGUACGGAAGGUCGUGAUUCUGUUGAAAGCAAAGCCAUAGACCCAAACGCUAAAAGUGACGUAAGAGCGAGCAUUUUAAAACAUUCGAGUACCACAAAAAGAGGAUCUUCAGACUCCGAAAGACACGAGAGUGUACAAAUUGUAGAAGAUAAACCUAGAACAAGCAGAGAAAGUGCAUCUACUGAAACUAAAUCACGCGAUUUUCUGACUCCGUCGGGACAUGGAGAGGGUCUGCCAAGGCCUUCAGUGAGGUUGAGCGUUAUUUCUGAGAAAAUAGGAUUACCACGUCCGCCACAAAAUCUUCGUACAUACUUUAUGCAGGUAUGCCAGUUAAAUCCAGGUUCAAGUUUUGGUUUUGGUGAGAAUAUGCGGGACAGAAGAAUUGUCGCGCUCACUCCUGUUGAUUGUAUGCUUCUACCAAAAAUUUGGCUGCUACAGCGGAACACAGCUAAUAUAUGGACAAGAAUAGAACAUUAUUUGGAGAAAAAGAUACCAACAAAGAAGCAACUCUUUAAGGAGUUUACGUCCCAAAGAAGAUGGCAGGAGUUUAGAGAAGAAUUAGUGGAUGAUGUCAUCGCACGUUCUAACACUGUGAAUUGGACGUCAGUUCAUGAUGUGCCAUAUUCCAUUCGCAUGGAGGAAAUGUUGGAUAUAUAG